CACAUAAUACCUUCUCGCAAGAUGCAUUAGCAUUAGAAAGUAACAAAAAUGGGAUGUGAAAAAAAAAUAAAGAAUUUCUUCUCACUCUCUCGAAGGAGAGUUUUUCUUUUUGUUGAUCGCGUGUUUCUUAUUUUGAAACAAAAAUAAGGAAGUGAAAAAGGCAAGCUUCUUGGUUGGAUAUGGAUUUUACCAAAUCGGCUAGCAGCGGAGACUAUUGAAGACUUUUGUGAGCAGAGUUUGACGUGUGCUGCCGUAAUCUAUAAAGGAGAUGGAAAUUCAACAUUUUUGCCAUGAUGAGCAUCCGUUGGUCUUCAAUGAAUACAAGAGAGGACCACGUUGUUGGGCGUGCAAUGAACCAAUAUUGGGUCCUAGCUAUAGUUGUAUAAAAUGCGAAGGAUACUACCAUCAUAAAUCAUGUGCCGAACUACCCCAUGAGUUGCAAUACCCCUUGCACCCAAAACACCCUCUUAUGCUCUUUAACAAAAUGAAUUUUUUUAAGGAUAAAAAAUAUAAAUGGGAAGUUUGCAAACAAUAUCGUGGGCAAUACACUUAUGGUUGUUCUCAUUACAACUUUAACCUUCACAACAAAUGUGCUUCUUUACUGCUCACCAUAGAAUCUGAAGUCCAUGAGCACCCAUUAAAUCGCAUUUGGAGGUCGAUGAAGUUCACUUGUGAUCUUUGUGGCAAAGAAGCUAAUGUGCCCUAUCUUUGUGUCCUCUGCAAUUUUUGUAUUCAUAAAAGUUGCACUUCUUACCCAUGUAGUGUGAAAGCUAUACGUCACGACCGCCUCCUCCACCUCACUUAUUCUUCUCUUGAAAUCCAUCAAUCUAUUUCCCAAUUUUGUCAACUUUGUGUUCAAAAAAUAGACACAGACUAUGGGUUUUACUAUUGCUUGAGUUGUGAUUUUUUUGCCCAUCUUGAUUGUGCUAUGGAAGAGGAAAAUAGGGAGGACAUAAAUUUGAUGAAACUUAACGAUGGAGAGUCUAGUGAGUCGAAAAAUGAAGAUUCAGAGCUCGAUGAAUCUAAUGACUCAGCAACUUACAUAGUCAAAAAAAUCAUUGUAGGUGAGGACGGAAUUGAAAUUGCCAAAGAAAUCAAACACUUCAGUCAUGAGCAUGACAUAAAGCUUAUUGAUGAGGUUGAGAAUAACAAACAAUGUGACGAGUGUUUACGAGCCAUUCUCCCUCCAUUUUACAAUUGCGCCAAGUGUAGUUUCUUUUUUCUUAAAUCUUGUAUUGAAUUACCUCGAAAAAAGUGACACCUUCUUCAUCGGCACUUACUUAAUCUCUUCCCAAAGGCACAUUGUAGGUCUAUAUUGUUUUGGUGUGAUGCCUGUGGCCAGCUUUGCAAUGGCUUCACCUAUAGGUGUAAGAAAUGCAAUUUUGAUCUCGAUGUUCAAUGUAGUUUGAUCUUGGAUAUUCUUACUCUCCAUCACAAGAUAUAGUUAGAAGUGCAGUAGUUGUAACUUUGAAAGGUCCUAAGGAUUCCGUUGUAUCACUUGUGAAUUUGCACUAGACUUUAAAUGCGCUACACUACCACUUACUGUAAGGUA